UGUCCUGCUCCAGUCCCCUCUCCCCCAACCAGGGAGGAGGAUGGUCUAUAUACUAUAGACUCUAUAGUGCCCUGGGCCACCCCCACGCCCCCAGUUUGGCCUCUGCCGCAGGCCUCAGUUUCCCCUUCUGCUCACUUGGAUUAAUGCAGCCUGCACGCUAGAGCCAGAGGGAUGAAGCCAGCUCCAGGGAGGUCGCGCUGGAGGAAGGGCCCCGAGUCCGCGCAGCCUGCACAGGGGCCUCCUCGGCGCUGGUGCCCAGCCCCGGGGUCCGCGGCUCGGCUUCCCGCCGUGGCGCGCCCCUCCCUCCGGCUUCCCUGCUCUCCCCUUCCCGCCUCGCCCCUGCCUCUCCUCCCGCCCGGCUGCCGGCUCCUUCUCUAGCUGCCCUCUUUCCCUCGCGCCUCGCCCCCGCGCCCACCGGGUCCCCGCACCCCGCGCCGGCCCGGGAGCAGCUGCCGAGCCCCCGCCGCCCCGCCAGGCCCCUCCCGCCGCAGCGCGGGCGGUCCGUGCGCGGCCCGGAGCCCGGAGCCCAGAACCGAGCGGGCUCGAAGCGGACCGACCCGACCCCCUUCCUCACCCAGGCGCCAUGCUGCCGCUCCUGCUGGGCCUGCUGGGCCCGGCAGCCUCCUGGGCCCUGGGCCCCGGGCCCGGCUCCACGGAGCUGCGCUCGGCCUUCUCGGCGGCGCGCACCACGCCUCUGGAGGGCACUUCGGAGACGGAGAUGGCGGUGACCUUCGACAAGGUGUACGUCAACAUCGGGGGCGACUUCGACGCGGCCACGGGCCGGUUCCGCUGCCGCGUGCCGGGCGCCUACUUCUUCUCCUUCACGGCCGGCAAGGCCCCGCACAAGAGCCUGUCGGUGAUGCUGGUGCGCAACCGCGACGAGGUGCAGGCGCUGGCCUUCGACGAGCAGCGGCGGCCCGGCGCGCGGCGCGCCGCCAGCCAGAGCGCCAUGCUGCAGCUCGACUACGGCGACGCGGUGUGGCUGCGGCUGCACGGCGCCCCGCAGUACGCGCUGGGCGCGCCGGGCGCCACCUUCAGCGGCUACCUGGUCUACGCCGACGCCGACGCCGACGCGCCCGCGCCUGCGCGCCGCCCGCCCGCGCCCGCGCCCCCGGAGCCGCGCUCGGCCUUCUCGGCGGCGCGCACGCGCAGCCUGGUGGGCUCGGACGCCGGCCCCCGCCCGCGGCACCGGCCGCUCGCCUUCGACACGGAGCUCGUCAACAUCGGCGGCGACUUCGACGCGGAGGCCGGCGUGUUCCGCUGCCGCCUGCCCGGCGCCUACUUCUUCUCCUUCACGCUGGGCAAGCUGCCGCGGAAGACGCUGUCGGUGAAGCUGAUGAAGAACCGCGACGAGGUGCAGGCCAUGAUCUACGACGACGGCGCGUCGCGGCGCCGCGAGAUGCAGAGCCAGAGCGUGAUGCUGGCGCUGCGGCGCGGCGACGCCGUGUGGCUGCUCAGCCACGACCACGACGGCUACGGGGCCUACAGCAACCACGGCAAGUACAUCACCUUCUCCGGCUUCCUGGUGUACCCCGACCCCGAGCCCGCCCCCGACCCCGCCGGCCCGCCUGGCCCCGGGCCGCUGGAGCUCUGAGCGCCCGCCCGGAGGAGCCGAGAGCCGGCAGGCCGAGCCGCGCCGCCCCGCCACUCGCCGGCGAGCAUGGCGGCCAGCCCCGCGCGGCCGGAUGCCAAUAAAGCGGGCCUGCGCCGCGCCUGUGUCCCGAC